UCUUCUUCUUCCUCCUCCUCUUACAACAAAUACUACUUUUGCUACCCUCCUCCACCUUCUUCAUGGCCAUGGCCUUCUUCAUGCAAGCACCCAAAAACCAACUCCUUUCGCGCCCACGCCGCCUCCGCCGCCGCCUCCAUCUACAACACCGCAAACUCGGUCUACGACAACACCGCCUACUCCACCGCCUCCGAUGACACCGAGAGCCUACUCCCCGGCCCGACUCACGAAGCACUGGUCCCGGUCCCGGUCCGGGUCCGGUCCGACCGGCUCUUCUUCGAACCGGGCGCCACGACCCGGUCCAUUGUGCACGCACGUCGCAACAACCAUAACAACAACGAUGACGACGACAACGACGAUGUAGACAAUAGCAUGGAGAAGAGAGAGGAGGAGGAGGAGGGGGAAGUCAACGCUGACUCGGCGGGCGCGCCGUUCGAGGAGAGCGUGGCGUUGAUCGUGGAGUCAACGGACCCGUAUAGAGAUUUCCGUGCGUCCAUGGAGGAGAUGGUGGUGGCGCAUGCGGUUAGCGACUGGGAGGGGCUCGAGGAACUGCUCACGUGGUAUUUAAAAGUGAACGGUCAAAAAACGCACGCAUUCAUUGUGGGGGCCUUCGUGGAUCUCCUCGUGAGCUUAGUCUCCACUUCCGCUUCCGCUUCCGCUUCUGCUUCUUCUAUUUCGGUUUCGCAGUUAAUUUCGGGUUUGCGUUCGGGUUCGGAUUCUGGUUCGCCGUUGUCGACGCUUUCAUCGACGAUCACGUUUGAUCAUGAGGUUGAGAAGGGGAACGUUGUCGAGUGUCGUGAGUAAUUAAUUUUGAUCUACAUGAAGAGAUUGUUUUUCGUGGUCAUAUUUUUUGUUUUUUUGUUUGUUUGUUUUUUGAGAGUUGAUAGAAGGGAUCGAUCAUCUUCUUAAAUAUUAUUGUAUUAUUAUACCAUUACACGUACGUGCAUGGAAGUAGGUUUUAGUUUUUUAUUUCCUUUUUCUUCGUCCAUAGGUUUUAUGUAAUAGUA